AAAAAAAAAGGGUUAUGAGCUGUUGAAGCUCGCUGAACCAUAGACGGUCAGCUCAACAGUAAAGGAACAAAAAAUUGUAGUUCGGAAAUGAUGUAUUUUUCGUUCCGUUUAUUUGUCGACGUUUUUUUGGUGGCGAGAACGAUUGUGUUUAGUUGCUUUCAUGGGCAAAAAAGGUUUAGUUCCUUUCUAUCUGCUGUUCGGUGGGUGACUGCGGUAAUAAAUGGGGAGAAAGGGCACAGAACCUCACUGUCGUGGUUCCAUGUGCGUGUACCGGCUUCCGUCUUCGCAUUUCACGAAUGGUCGCUUUGUUUGAUCUGUUCUUGCGGCAACCCUUUUCCUCAAGAUCUCGUUUUUUGUGUGUUUCCCGAUGUACUGGUGCGUCAACCGAUGGAGAAGGUGAAGAGGCUCGAAUGAAAGGAAAUAAAAGGAGUGGCGCCUUUCUCCAUUUCAAUCAAUUCCACCGUCGACCAUCCAAGAGUAGGAAGUCAGAUCUCGUCCCCCCAAGUUGACUUUUUUAUUGCUCGUUUGUCUUCAAAUCUGAAGAAUGGUUCGUGGUAGAACAAUAAGAAGUCUUUUUUGAGUGAAACAAAAAUUUGGCGAACUUUUAAGUCUUUGAUAGAGAGGGAAAAGCCUAGUGUUGGUUUCUUUUCCGGGAGCAUCAAACUUGUUGUGCUAAUUCCUUCAUCGACUAUACGAUGCUGUAAGAAAAGAAAGUGAAAGUAACUUCCAUAUGCAUCUCAGUCAUUAUUCUCGGUGAAGGGAACUUGCUUUAUCCGGGACUGAGGAAUACAAGCGUUGGGAUUCAAUAUCUUCUUAAUGAACACGUACUGCUUUUGGCUGUCGAUGCGUCUGGAGAUCGAUUGCAUCCUGGCAUGACUCCUGGAGAAUAAUACUUCAAAUCUUGCUACAAGUGCUUCUUUGAUGGACUGGGUUCCGAAAACUCCGUUCCCCUGGUAUUGGGAAACUCUGGAAUUAUUCAGUGGAAAAGAAAGUGAAAUUUCUAAAGCUGCACAAGUACCUGACUUGAAGAUUGAUGGUGGUGCCUUUAUUUGCAAUAGAUCUGUAUGUUCGUCUGGUCGUGGUGCCUCCUCUGUUCUGGAAUUGGGUAAUCGUUCAUCCAAAAGCUCCAUCUCAGCAUCUGUUGAUUCCCUUUCUGGGGCAGGAAAGAGAAAAUCACAGCUCAACUUUGAUUCCGCUGGAAGGGCCCCUCAUAACCUGGACAAUAAUAUUAUUGCAAGGGUUGAGGAUUCUGGAACUUCGACUGUACCAGUCGUUGCAGACCACCCUAAGGAACCACUUACAGGUUUAAAGCUUGGGCCAACUUACUUCGAAGAUGUUGCUUCAGUGAACAACAUCAAAAACUUGUCUUCCUCAGCUACUAUGACCUCAUCGGCUGCCUUAGCCAAGAAAUCUAGGGUGUCUCAACAGAACUUACAGAGUCCUUAUUGCCAGGUUGAGGGUUGUAACAUUGACCUUACAACAGCGAAAGACUAUCAUCGCAAACAUAGAGUCUGUGAAAGCCACUCAAAGUCUCCCAAGGUGAUUGUAGCUGGUAAAGAGCGCAGGUUUUGUCAACAGUGUAGCAGGUUCCAUGAUUUGUCCGAGUUUGAUCAGAAAAAGCGGAGUUGCCGAAGACGUUUAUCAGAUCAUAAUGCACGUCGCAGAAAGCCACAGCCAACAGCAAUCUCAUUCAAUUCUUCUAGGCUUUCUUCAUCAUAUUAUGAUGAUAGACAUCAGAUGAACCUUGUUUUUGGUCGAGCUCCUCUGGGUCAUGUGACAACCACUGUAAGUUUCCCACGGAAUAACUUAGGCAGCUUCAAGCUUCUUCAAGCUAAAGAGUCUUGGACAAAGUCAAAUAAAGCAGGAUGCACUGAUGGGCAGCUACAAUUUUCCAGCAUAUGUCAACCAAACAAUGCUUCUACUCUUAAUCAUGACUUGGACAGACUCUUGUCAUUCAAGGGCACAGCAGCCGAGGUCCUCAAUCAAGAUCUGGAAGCAUCUGCAUUUGCAUCUAACACGAACAUAACACCGGAUCUUCGGCGUGCUCUCUCUCUUCUGUCAAAUGAUUCUUGGUUAGCUGGACCAAGUUCUAUGAAGUUUGUAAAUACACAGAAUGCGAGUACCACUCAGCCUGCAGUGAACAUGGCUGAUUCAACGGCAGGUAUCUUGCAAGAUGAGCAGCCACUGGAACAUCUGAUGAUGCUGCCAGUUCACCUGCAAAUCGGUGAGUUCCAGGAGUUUCAGCUGCUUAAAGCACCCUUCCAAACCUCUUUUUUUGACUCCACUCGGAUUCACUGAUGUCUACAAUCGGAUGACCACUGGAUUGUCUGAACUCAAGGUGAUACUUUUGCUGGCCCAAUUUGUUUACACUACAACCUCAAUGGAUCGAGAAAUUCCAGAUGCUGGGCAACCUUGCACUGAUGGCCUUUGUGCCAUCCGAUAUUAUUGGUUAGUGAAUAAUCCAAGUUCGAAACUGCUUUCUUCUCCUCGUCCAGGUCGAAAUGCUUUGGUGAAGAAUGAAAUGCAAUGAGCGUCGUCAUUUGAUCUAUUUUUUUCUAGUUAGUGGUAGCUGAUGAUGACAGCCAAUAUUAAGUUAUUAUGAUUGAGAACUUUUUGGACUUAGCUGCUGCCGUUACAGUUGUAUUCUGAAUGAAAUAUGGUCAUGAAGCUGUUCUUGUCGUUUGAUUUCUA